AUGUCGUCGAGCUACGAUGUCGGAACGAGAGCCUGGCAGCCUGAUGCCACCGAGGGCUGGGUGGCUUCAGAGGUUGUCAAGAAGACGGUAGAUGGCAACAAGGUCACUCUAGAGUUCAAGCUCGAAAAUGAAGAGAUCAAAAAGGUUGAGCUCUCGCUCGAGGGAUUGGAGUCUGGAAAUGACCCAUCGUUACCGCCGCUCAUGAACCCGACCAUGCUCGAGGCCAGUGAUGACUUGACCAAUCUUUCCCAUUUAAACGAGCCUGCCGUGUUGCAAGCAAUUCGUUUGAGAUACAUGCAAAAGGAAAUCUACACAUACUCGGGUAUUGUGCUAAUAGCUACGAAUCCCUUUGCUCGAGUCGAUUCCCUCUAUGUUCCGGGCAUGGUGCAGGUUUACGCUGGCAGACAGAGAGCGACGCAAGCGCCGCAUCUGUUUGCCAUUGCUGAAGAAGCCUUUGCCGACAUGUUGAGAGACAAGAAGAACCAGACGAUUGUGGUUUCUGGAGAGUCUGGUGCUGGAAAGACGGUCAGCGCCAAGUACAUUAUGCGAUACUUUGCCACGAGAGAAUCCCCCGACAACCCUGGAGGCCGAUCAAAGAAGGGCGCCGACGCUAUGAGCGAAACGGAAGAACAGAUCCUCGCGACCAACCCCAUCAUGGAAGCCUUUGGUAACGCAAAGACGACUCGAAACGAUAACUCGUCCCGAUUCGGAAAGUACAUUGAAAUCAUGUUUGAUGACAAGACCAACAUUAUCGGAGCCAAGAUUCGCACAUAUUUGCUCGAGCGGUCGAGAUUGGUGUUCCAGCCCCUCAAGGAGAGGAAUUACCACAUCUUUUACCAGUUGAUUGCCGGUGCUAAUGAUGCGGAACGCAAGGAGCUCAGCCUUUUGCCCGUUGAGCAAUAUGACUACAUGAACCAGGGCAACGCCCCGGUCAUUGACGGAGUCGAUGACAAGGCCGAGUUCGAGGCUACCAAAAAGUCACUCACAACCAUUGGUGUUGACGAGACACAACAAAUGGGUAUUUUCAGACUGCUGGCUGGCUUGCUGCAUCUGGGCAACGUCAAGAUCACUGCCUCUCGUAAUGAUAGUGUGCUGCCUCCUGACGAGCCUGCGCUGCUCAAGGCCUGUUCCAUUCUCGGAAUUGACGCCACCGAGUUUGCCAAGUGGAUUGUCAAGAAGCAGCUCAUUACUCGUGGCGAAAAGAUUACUUCCAACCUGACGCAGCAGCAAGCCAUUGUUGUGCGUGAUUCCGUUGCCAAGUACAUUUACUCGAGCAUGUUCGACUGGCUUGUCGAGGUUAUCAACCACAGCUUGGCCACUGAUGAGGUGCUGAGCCGCGUCCAAUCCUUCAUUGGUGUUCUUGAUAUCUAUGGUUUCGAGCAUUUUGCCAAGAACUCUUUUGAACAAUUCUGUAUCAACUACGCCAACGAAAAGCUCCAGCAAGAGUUCAACCAGCAUGUUUUCAAGCUCGAGCAGGAAGAGUAUGUCAGGGAACAAAUCGAUUGGACCUUUAUCGACUUCUCUGACAACCAGCCUUGUAUCGACCUGAUUGAGAACAAGAUGGGUAUCCUGUCGCUCUUGGACGAAGAAUCCCGUCUCCCCAUGGGUUCCGAUGAGCAGUUUGUCACCAAGCUGCACCACAACUUUGCUACCCAGGAGAAGAACAAGUUCUUCAAGAAGCCCCGUUUCGGCAAGUCUGCUUUCACUGUCUGUCAUUAUGCUGUAGACGUGACAUACGAGUCCGAUGGCUUCAUUGAGAAGAACAGAGAUACCGUGCCCGACGAGCACAUGGAAGUCCUCCGGGCCAGUUCCAACAAGUUCCUGGGACAGGUCUUGGCUGCCGCUUUGGCCGUGCGCGAAAAGGAUGUGGCUGCAUCGUCGUCGGCCGUCGCCAAGCCAGGUGGUGGCAGGAGGAUUGGAGUUGCUGUUAACCGCAAGCCGACUCUUGGUGGUAUCUUCCGCUCGUCCCUGAUUGAGCUCAUGAACACGAUCAACAACACGGACGUGCACUACAUUCGUUGUAUCAAGCCCAAUGAAGCCAAGGAGGCCUGGAAGUUUGAAGGACCCAUGGUUCUAAGUCAGCUUAGAGCUUGUGGUGUCUUGGAGACUGUCCGCAUUAGCUGUGCUGGCUACCCGACGAGAUGGACAUAUGAGGAGUUUGCUCUCCGCUACUACAUGUUGGUGCCUUCAUCGCAAUGGACCGCCGAGAUCCGGGAAAUGGCCAACGCCAUUCUUUCCAAGGCCCUCGGUGAGAGCACUGGCCAAGGUCAGGACAAGUACCAGCUGGGUUUGACCAAGAUCUUCUUCCGUGCUGGUAUGCUCGCUUUCAUGGAGAACCUCCGUACCGAGCGCCUCAACUCGGCUGCCAUCAUGAUCCAAAAGAACCUCAAGGCCAAGUACUACCGCGCCCGCUACCUGGAGGCACGCACUGCCAUUCUCGAGUUCCAGUCGCUUGCCAGAGCAUUCAUGAUUCGCAGAAAGGCCGAGGAGUGGAGGACAAUCAAGGCUGCCACCACUAUCCAGAAGCACUGGAGAGGUUACAAGCAAAGAAGGGCCUUCCUCAAGAUCCGUGCCGAUCUUAUCCUCGCCCAGUCCGCCGCCAAGGGUUACCUGCGCCGAAAGGAGAUUAUGGAAACCCGCGUGGGCAAUGCAGUACUCUUGAUCCAGCGCGUGUGGCGGUCGAGGAGACAAUUGCGCCAGUGGAGAAGCUACCGCAAAAAGGUCGUCUUGGUUCAGAGCUUGUGGCGUGGAAAGCAGGCAAGAAAGGGUUACAAGAAGGUUCGCGAGGAAGCACGCGACUUGAAGCAGAUUUCGUACAAGCUCGAAAACAAGGUCGUCGAGCUGACACAGGCCCUCGGUACCAUGAAGUCUACCAACAAGACUCUUGUCAGCCAGGUCGAGAACUACGAAGGACAGAUCAAGUCGUGGAAGACGAGACACACUGCCUUGGAGACGCGGACAAAGGAGCUGCAGGCCGAGGCCAACCAAGCGGGUAUCGCCGUGGCCAAGCUCCAGGCAAUGGAAGAGGAUAUGAAGAAGCUCCAGAACAACUACGACGAGUCCAACUCGAAUGUCAAGAGAAUGCAAGAGGAGGAGCGCGAGCUCAAGGAAAAGCUGCGCUCAACCGAGGCCGAACUCGACGAAGUCAAGAAGGAGGGCGCCGCCCAUAUCAACACGGUCAAUGGUCUCAAGCAGCAGCUCGCCGACCUUGCCGAUCAGCUCGAGCUGGCCAGACGCAGUGGCCCCAUCAAUGGCGAGCUUACCAACGGCCACGCCGCCGUGGCCGCCCCGCCCAGCGGUCUCAUCAACCUGGUCUCCUCCAAGAAGAACCUUGCCAAGCGCCGCAGCGCUGGCGAGGACACUCGGGGCAUGGAUCGUUUCAGUGCCGCCUUCAACCCUCGCCCCGUGUCCAUGGCAGUCACCAACGGUGCCCAGCGCGCUCUGCCUCCUACAUCCGGUUUCGUCCCGGGUGUGGACAGCAUCGAGAUGGAGCUCGAGAGCCUUCUUGCCGACGAGGAUGGCUUGAACGAGGAAGUCACCAUUGGCCUCAUCCGCAACCUCAAGAUCCCUUCCCCGAACCAGACCCCUCCACCUUCGGACAAGGAAGUCCUCUUCCCAUCUUAUCUUAUUAACCUCGUCACCUCGGAGAUGUGGAAUAAUGGAUUCGUCAAGGAGUCUGAGAGAUUCUUGGCCAAUGUUAUGCAAUCGAUCCAACAAGAGGUUAUGCAGCACGAUGGAGAUGAGGCCAUCAACCCCGGUGCUUUCUGGCUCUCCAACGUGCACGAGAUGCUCUCAUUUGUCUUCCUUGCCGAAGACUGGUAUGAGGCACAAAAGACGGACAAUUAUGAGUACGACCGUCUUCUUGAAAUCGUCAAGCACGAUCUCGAGAGUCUCGAGUUCAACAUUUACCACACCUGGAUGAAGGUGCUCAAGAAGAAGCUCCAAAAGAUGAUCAUUCCCGCCAUUAUCGAGUCGCAGUCUCUGCCCGGCUUUGUUACGAACGAAAAUAACAGAUUCCUCGGCAAGCUGCUGCAGUCCAACUCGGCCCCGGCCUACAGCAUGGACAACCUCCUCAGCCUGCUAAACAAUGUCUUCCGCGCCAUGAAGGCCUACUACCUGGAGGAUUCCAUCAUCACCCAGGCUGUCACUGAGUUGUUGCGUCUUGUUGGUGUCACUGCUUUCAACGACCUUCUCAUGCGCCGCAACUUCUUGUCCUGGAAGCGUGGUCUUCAGAUCAACUACAACAUUACCCGUAUUGAGGAGUGGUGCAAGAGCCACGACAUGCCCGAGGGUACCCUCCAGCUGGAGCACUUGAUGCAAGCCACCAAGCUGCUGCAGCUCAAGAAGGCUACACUCAACGACAUUGAGAUUAUCCAGGAUAUUUGCUGGAUGCUCUCGCCCAACCAGAUCCAGAAGCUGCUCAACCAAUACCUGGUUGCCGAUUACGAACAGCCCAUCAAUGGCGAGAUUAUGAAGGCUGUCGCCUCGAGAGUUUCUGAGAAGAGCGAUGUCCUCCUUCUGCAGGCUGUCGACAUGGACGACAGUGGUCCAUACGAGAUUGCCGAGCCGCGUGUCAUUACAGCCUUGGAAACAUACACUCCUUCCUGGCUGCAAACACCCAGAUUGAAGCGUCUGGCUGAGAUAGUAUCGGCUCAGGCCAUUGCCCAGCAGGAAAAGUACGACGAAGAAGAGUACGGUGACGAGGGCAUCCCCGAGGAUGAGGAGCCCCUCGAGUCGGAAGCUUAA